GGCAGCCUCCGCACACAAAGAUAACAGGAAAUGGCCCAUCCAGCCCCUGUGGUCACUUACCCCCAAGGCCCCAACUUUCCAAGUGUCCAUCGUGGAGCGGGCGAGUCCGCAGGCAGCCAGCAGCCGCUCUUUUUCCCCUGCCUUAAGAAAGGAGAAGACAUGAAAGUGGGGUGUGCUCCCAUCCCCCAGCAGAAGGAAAGCCCCUGGGUCCGAGUCUCCAGAGAAGGGCAGCUGCUGCUGACAGCGACCCUGCUGCUGGCCCUCCUGUCCAGCGGCCUCACGGCGGUGUCCUUCUACCGGGUGGCCGUCCUGCAAGCGGACCUGCGGAGCCUGCGGGCGGAGCUUCGGGGCCACGGCGCGCCGCCGACGCCAGCGCCCGCCUCGGGCCUGGAGGUGAGUUCGCGGCUGCAGCUGCCCCUCGGGGCGCCCCGGCCUCCAGCAUCCCGAGCGGACAACUCCAGCCGCGGCCGCCGGCGUGGGCGUGCCGCCGAGGCGCCCGAGCAGAGUGGAUCUUACACAUUUGUUCCGUGGCUUCUCAGCUUUAAAAGAGGAAGGGCACUGGAAGAAAAAGAGAAUAAAAUAGUGGUGAGAGAACCUGGUUACUUCUUUAUUUAUGGCCAGGUCUUGUACACUGAUAAUACCUUCGCCAUGGGACACCUGAUACAGAGGAAGAAAGUGCAUGUCUUUGGGGAUGAGCUGAGCCUGGUGACCUUGUUCCGAUGUAUUCAAAAUAUGCCCGAAACACUCCCCAAUAACUCCUGUUAUUCAGCUGGCAUUGCCAGGCUGGAAGAGGGAGAUGAACUGCAACUUGCAAUUCCCAGAGAGAAUGCACAAAUUUCCCGGAAUGGAGACGCCACCUUCUUCGGGGCACUGAAACUGCUCUGACCCACUUACUGGAGGAUUUGUUCCUCCCUUCCUCUUCUCGUACCUCUGAGAAGAAGAUGCAUAACUGGAAAUACCAAAAAGGAAAAGGAGCAGACACUGCAGCCUUUCCUGUGAGCUAUUUGUUUUGGUUUUUGCCAAAGCUGGUUCAAAACAGGAAAUUUAACAGACAACCACAAUGGCUUCUGCAAAAGAGAACCCAAAUUCAGAGAGGCGGAAUGAAAAGUCAGGCCACUGCCCUCUUAGCUUCUCCCCUGGGAGGAGACACCCUACUCGGAGUGCGCGAAUGAGGGCUUCAAAAGUGGUCUUUGUGGUCUAGAUCCAUGGCGCUUCACAUCUCCACAAGGCUAAGGUGUAGCUCAGUGGCAAAGCACGUGCCUAGCAUGAGUGAGGUCUUGGGUUCCAUCUCAAGCACUGUAAAAAAGGGGGGAAAACAGUAAAAAACAACAAGCAAACAACCACAACCAACAUUGGUCUUUGACACAUGAACCCUCAUUAUUCGAACAUUUAAAACAUUUGUGGGAAAUUCAGAAUUUAUUUCAUAUUUUUACAUUGAAUAGAUCUUUCUUUUUUCAGCUAAUAUUAUAGAAAGUUAAAAAAAAGAAGUCUAGGAAUGUGGAGUUAGGUACAGGGAAAUAGAAGUUCAGUUUUAUCAGUUAAAAAUAAACUUAGAAUCUAAGUAUAUUUAAAACUAAGUAUUAAAUAAUUAGACUAAAACCGGACCCAUGCACAACAUGUGUAAGUCUUCUUGGUAUAGUUAACACUGGCAAUUUUAUCUGGAGUGUUAUCUAUUACCAAGAUAUUUUUCAUGGGAGGGAAAGAAUUCCCUCACAUACACUUGUUAUAGCGAAUAUCAGUUACUUCAGAAGCUCUUAAUAUUAGAUAAUUCCAAUCCAUGCACAUAGAGCACCGACUGGAAUGUAGCUACAGUCUAUGGCCAUGCCGCCUUGAAUACACCCAGUCUCAUCUGAAGUGUAGCUACCAUUGCACUUACAUAAAAGAAAGUCCUGGUGAGUACGUUUAUGGUAAUGGGAUAUCACGUCCCUUUAUUUCCAGUUCUGUUUCAAACUGCUGCUAUUGUAGCUGCAGGUAUCCCAUCUUUUGAAAAAAAAAAAAAAUUCAUGUGUCUUGCUUUAACAAAGUUGAGAUAUGGGCUAGAGGGAUGGUUUAGCAGCUAAGGCACUUGCCUGCUUUCAAAGAACCCAGGUUCAAUUCCCCAGCACCCACAUAAGCCAGCUGCACAAGGUGGCACAUGUGUCUGGAGUUCAU